AGUACACUGUAGUCAAAUAUCAGUCUUACGAAAACGCCAUUCAGAUAUUUCCUCCUGCGACCUUUUACUUGAGGAGACAUGGAGCAAGGAAGUUCAGUUCCAGAAGCAGUGGAACUUGCAAUAGAUAUUCCUCUACCGCAGAAAGAUAAGAGCCAAAGUACUGAAGCUGGCUUAUCAUCUGUGGAUGAAGAUACGAAACUUAUCGAGUGGUUACCUUCCCUUGUUUUGCUUAUCGAUCGGAACAGAGACAAGGAUAAAUUACGUUUGGAUCUUUUUAACGCUGCACUGGAUGGAAAUAUUGAUGCGGUUAAAAGUCAGUUCAAUAAUCCUAUGUUCAGUAGCUCUUCAUCAAGCCCAUUAAGUGCUGCUUCAUCACCAAGCCCAUUCAAUGUUGCAAUAACAGAGAAACAAGAAACUAUUUUCCAUGUAGCAGCAGGAGCAAAUCAAACUGACUUUGUAGAGACGAUGAUUGAAAAGGUAGCACCAGAUGACCUCAAGUUGCGAAACGUAAAAGGGAACACUGCCUUCUGUUUUGCUGUUAUGGCUGGGAAUAAAUCAAUUGCUGAGAAAAUGUUGGAAAAGAACCCAGACCUGUUGACAAUCCGAGGUUGCUGUAAUUUGACUCCACUAAAUCUAGCUGCUAUGUUUGGAAAAAGGGAAAUGGCGUUAUAUUUAUACCGGCAGUAUUAUAGAGGAACACUGAAAUUAGCCAACAAAAAACAAUUAUUUUUUGAUAGCAUCGAUACUACUUUGUAUGAUCUUGCAAGGGAAUUGCUAGAAGAUGAAAGUGAUGAUGAAAAUGAAUUGGCUAUUACUGACUACGAGUAUGGCAACGAUCUUUUGACACCCUUGCAUCGGUUGGCUUUAACGCCCUUUCAUCUAUUGGACCAAAAUAACAAAUGUAAAGAGUCUGUCAAAUGUCUUUGGGAGAAAAUAUUAGAGAUAACAGGCAAAAAGAGCGAAAGUGACAAAACAAGUUUAUUAAAUCAAGCUCUAGCGUUGGUCGAAUGCCUUUGGGAGAAAAUAUUUAAGGCAAAGCGUGACCAAGUUUGGGAUUACUUAAAUGAGCAUCGUGAUUUAUUGUUCAAAGCAGCUCAAUUGGGGAACUUCAAAUUCCUAGGUAAACUUAUCGAGCUUUAUCCUGAUUUGGUUCAUCUUAAAGAUGAUGACGAACGGACCAUAUUUCACAUUGCGAUUAUGUAUCGUCAUGAUGAUUUGUUUAAGUUGAUAAAUCAGAUAGGUUUCAACAAACAGUUGGUAGCAUCCUAUGCAGACAUUUAUGAAAAUAGUUUAUUGCAUCUAGCUGCAAAAUAUCCAGAUCCAAGGCCAUUGAGUACAGUGCCCGGUGCAGCUCUAGAAAUGCAGCGAGAGCUACGCAUUUAUAAGGAUGUUGAAAAGCUUGUAAUGCCUUCAUUUAAAGAAUCGAAGAAUACAGAAGGGAAAACUCCUCGUGAGUUGUUCACUAGUACACAUGCAGGCUUACUAAAAGACGGAGAAAAGUGGAUGAGGAGCAUAGCCAGUCAAUGCAUGCUUGUUGCAGCAAUCAUUGCUUUAAUGGUUUUUCAGGCUGCUUUUCCUGUACCAGGAGGUAACAGCGAUAACGAAGGAAGGAAUAUUGAGUUCCGUAUUUUUGCUAUGGCAGACGUGAUUGCGUUAUCUUCCUCUUCGAUUUCAAUUCUAAUGUUUUUAUCUAUUAUUACAUCCCGUUACGUAGAAAAUGAUUUUUUGUUAUCAUUACCGCUUAAGUUGGUGGUGGGAUUGUUAACGCUAUUCAUAUCUAUAGGAACCAUGAUGCUAGCUUUCAUAUCAAGCUUUUAUACAGCUUAUGACCACCCUAGAUCAAAUGCAAUCCUCAUUCUUGGUAUUAUAUUUGUAUCUCUACCCCUGUUUGCAUUUGAUUCGUCACAGUAUAGUCUUCUGAGAGAUAUAUUGUACUCAUUCUGUUUUAGGUUUUUCUCUUAAGUCUAUAUGAUGUUGUAUUAUGUAUUUACAAU